GGGAGAGAGCCGCUCUCGGCGGGAGCCUCCCUGGUCGGGGCGGCCCGGCGGCGGCGGCGGCAGCAGGAUGCGGCCAUGCUCCCCGACAGCCUCCUCGUCGAGAUCUUCCGCCACCUGCCGCCCCCGGACGUCCUGGCGGCGGGGCGGGUGUGCCGGCAGUGGCGGCGGGUGGCCCGGGACGAGGUCCUGUGGAAGGGGCUCUUCUACCGGCACUACGGCGUCGCCCGGAACGUCCCGCGGCACCCAGCCGCCGCCUCCUGGUUCGGGGAGUUCCAGCGCCUGGGCGACGCCGUCCCGCGCGUGGAGGUGCAGAGGCUGCGGGAGCACGGGGACCCCGUCCUCCACCUCAGCUUCGCCCACAGCGGCCGCCUGUUCGCCUCCUGCUCCAAGGACUGCACCGUCAAGAUCUGGAGGAACGAGCUGCCGGUCUCCCUGCUGCACAGCUCCAGCAUGAAGAAGUACAACUGGAGCUACACCCAGUUCUCCCAGUUCAACGCAGACGAUUCCCUCCUCCUGGUCUCGGGGGUCUUCAUGGGCCCCCGGAGCUCCUCCUCGGGGGAGAUUGCCGUCAUCGGGCUGGAGAACUUUGAACUCCUGUCCCGUGUCCGCAACAAGCCCUUCGACGUCUUUGGCUGCUGGCUGAACGAGACCAACUUGAUCUCCAGCAACCUCCAUCGGAUUGGCUACCUAACUUCCUGCUCCGUCUUGUGGCUGAACAACGCCUUCCAGGGCAUCGAGUCCGAGAAUGUUAACGUGGUGAAGCGGCUCUUCAAAAUCCAGAACCUGAACGCCAGCGCCAUCCGGACCGUCCUGGUGGUCGACUGUGGCCGCUACAGCUCUCCCGAGGAGCUGGAGAGCCCUGGAGAGCAGGUGGAGGAAGGCCCCGCUCCUCCCCCCCAGGAGAGCCCCAGCCAGGAGCCGGAGGAGAGGCCCCAGCGCAGGGGUUUCCCAGCGGCCGAAGGGGAGGCGGGGACCGAAGACGGGCUGGACCGCUUCCUGAGUGACAUCAUGGCGGGGCACGUCCGGCCAAUGAUGACGGAGAUGGAGAUGGAGACGAAAGUGGCCCGACUCCUGGCCCGGAACCGAACGAAGCCCCCGGAGCCCAACCUGCUCUCCAUGCAGGGUGGGAACAAGAAAUACCUGGUCUUCACCACCGGCUGCCUCACCUACUCACCGCAUCAGAUUGGAAUUAAGCAGAUCCUUCCCCACCAAAUGACAACCGCAGGGCCUGUUCUGGGUGAAGAGAGGAAUUCGGACAGGUUCUUCGAUUCGCUGGAUCAUGUCAUUGAUAUUCAUGGGCACAUCAUUGGCAUGGGCCUCUCCCCAGACCACAGGUACUUGUACGUCAACAGCCGCGCUUGGCCCGAGGGCUGUGUUGUUUCUGAUCCUUUGCAGCCGCCGCCCAUCGCGGAGGAGAUUGAGCUGCGCGUGGUGGACCUGAAGACCAUGAAGGAGGCCAAGCGGGCUCUGCGGGCACACCGGGCCUACACCCCCAGCGAAGAGUUCAACUUCAUUUUCCUUGAUGUCAGCAAGGACUUUGUGGCCAGUGGGGCCGAGGAUCGCCACGGAUACAUCUGGGACCGGCACUACGACAUCUGCUUGGCCAAACUGCAGCAUGACGACGUGGUCAACUCGGUGGCCUUCAGCCCUGUGGAACAGGAGCUCCUCCUGACAGCCUGCGCAGACAACACCAUCAAAGUGUGGCGCUCUCCCCGCACCGCGCGGGUCCUUCAGGACGAGAAGCCCCCGCUUCGUAGACGCCUCUUCUCAUGGGCCACGAAGCAGAGAACGUGAGCCGGGCGGGGCUGGCUCCCUUGGGCAAGCGACACCGGCCCAGCCUGCUCACCUUCACAGCUGCCCCUGCUUGGGUGAGGCCUGGAAGAAUUGCCAUCCGAGGAACGGAGCCGCAGGCUGGCAGGUGCUGCCCAGGGGCCUUUCGAAGGAGGCGUCCUGCUUGCAGGCUGGCAUCGUUCCGUAGGAUGCCGCCACCCUCCACUGUGGCUCCUGGGCUUUGAACAGCCGCGAAGGGAGCCAGGAAACCUGUGCUGGAUUCCCUCCGGUGCCUCUGCUCUUGUUGACCCAGGUGGCAAGGAGUCCCUUCCCUCCCAGGUGUUGGAGCUGCAGGCUGGGAAGGAGCACAGGUGCCCUCUUGCCCUCUGGGGGAGUCAGCCAUGUUCCCUGCAAAACAUCUGCUUGGGGAAUGGAGGAGGCGAAGGCACGACGUGUGUUAAUUUUUUUUGUGAAGCAGAACGAAACCUGUUUAUGUGCACUUUGAGGAGGGCUGGGCAGCUUCCACGCCCUGCCAACCUUGGCUACCCAGUGCCGCAUGGCUUGGUUGCAAUAAACUUUGCUUGAGUUGUU